AUGAUGGAUAAAGAGUUGGAAAAUCUUGUUGUGGAUGAUCUCACAAUAUCUACAUUAGCUGAUGAUAGACAAUGUGCAGUAUGUAAACAAAAACCAGCGGUCGGAUCGCAUUAUGGUGUGAGUUAGAAUUUAUAUACAUAUAUACUUCCUAAUUACCAAAUAAUUCAGGUGUAUUGUUGUCAUGGAUGCAAAUCUUUUUUUCGUAGAUCCACUAUUGACAAAAGAGAAUAUCCACCCUGUCCUCAAAAUGAAACUUGUUAUGCAGAUGAAAACAUUACUACAGUUAUCAAAAAGUGUAAAUUUUGUAGAUUAAAAACAUGUUUUGAUGUUGGAAUGAAGCCAAAAUUAGCUGCAAAACAAAAACGUUCUGCCCGUGGCAAUAUUAACCAGAAAACUAUAACAAAUCUUGAUAUUCAAGUGACGGUUAGUUUAUAUUUCAGUCAAAUAAUUUUAACGUGAUUUUUUUUUCAGAUCCGAAGCCCUUACUUAACUUCCCAAAUGCUACUAGGAAAUUUAGCACACGUUCAUAACAAAAUCGAAAAGUUGAAAAUAUCAACGUAUAAUCCAAUUGUAUUUCCGGUUUUCAAAGAAAUGAUUGAGGCUCCGAGCAAACUACACUUGGCUGAUAAAUUGGGGGUUAGUAAUUUUUAUCCUUGUAUUUUAAAAUGUAGACGUUUUGAAAACAAACAUUUCAAUUUUUAGAUGAUGAUGGGAUGGCCCCUUUCUCAAUCAGAGUUCAUUGAAAAGCAAUCAGAACUGUUGAAAAUGAAAACUCGACUCGAAUCUGAGAAUGAUUAUCCAGAUUUUACCAAGUUUGAAAACAUCAAUAUGUGAGUUACAAAAUGCCAGGAUUACAUUGAUCAAACUACAAACAACGUUUCUGUGCAUUACUAAAAAAUAAUGUUUAUUUUCAGAAAGGACUGGUUUCCAUUUGAUUUAUUGCUGAUUGUUGAAAACGCAAAAACAUUUGAUUUUUUCAAUAAACUAGACUGUGAAGAUAAAUUAGUAUUGAUUCGUGGAACAUCAAUAAUGGCUCUUGUACUAACAUCAACAUAUUAUUCAUAUAACUUGAAAAAAGAAGUUAUCGUGAAACCAGAUGGUAUAUUUAUUGGUGGAACAAAUAAGUGAGAAUAUAUAGGAUAGUUUAUUAACAAAUGUUUUUUUGUUUUUCAGAAAUCUAGUGAUAAACUCACUGAUUGGGUCGAAUGUGUAAGUUCUAAUAAUUUGAAAUAUUUGUCAAUAAUCUAAAUUAUUUAGAAAAAUUACUGAAUUUAUAAGAAAAUGGAGAGAUGGGCAACGAAUAUUAUCCAUGAUGAUUAGAGACAAAUUAACUAUCAGUGAAUUUUUGUUAUUGCGCGCUAUGAUUGUUUGUAAUCCAGGUACUAUUGAAACUUGCAAUGAAAACAAACAUGUUUUUCCAGCUCUAAAUCUGUCGACCAGUGCCGCAAAAAUAUUACAAAUUGAGCGUGAAAAAAUGUCACAAGCACUUUUUAAUCAUUGCCUCACGGAACAUGGAAAAAACGGAUCAAUUAGAUUCACAAUUUUAUUAAACUACAUUAUAGUUUUGUCUGAGCAUGUUUACGAUUUUACAGAUUUUCUUAGACUCAUUCAAAUUAGUUCACCUGGAAGAACACCAGAUUCUAGAAAACGAUUGUUAAACGAGUUUUUCUCUCUGGAAUUAAACUAA